AUGUCUAUGGGACGAAGCCCCUCCACGACAUUUCGAAGUCGAACCGGAAGCCAUGGAGCUCGAGAUCUGAUUGCUGGACACGGACGGAACUCCCGACGUAUCUCGCAGAUGCAUGUUAACAUUUUACAUCCACAACUGCAAACGAUGGUCGAGCAGUGGCAAAUGCGAGAACGCCCAUCGCUGGAGACCGAGAAUGGCAAAGGAUCGCUGCUCCUGGAAAAUGAAGGUGUCGCAGAUAUCAUCACUAUGUGUCCAUUCGGAGAAGUUAUUAGUGUAGUAUUUCCGUGGUUUCUUGCAAAUGUGCGAACAUCGCUAGAAAUCAAGCUAUCAGAUUUCAAACAUCAACUUUUCGAAUUGAUUGCUCCGAUGAAGUGGGGAACAUAUUCCGUAAAGCCACAGGAUUAUGUGUUCAGACAGUUGAAUAAUUUCGGCGAAAUUGAAGUUAUAUUUAACGACGAUCAACCCCUGUCGAAAUUAGAGCUCCACGGCACUUUCCCAAUGCUUUUUCUCUACCAACCUGAUGGAAUAAACAGGGAUAAAGAAUUAAUGAGUGAUAUAAGUCAUUGUCUAGGAUACUCACUGGAUAAACUGGAAGAGAGCCUCGAUGAGGAACUCCGUCAAUUUCGUGCUUCUCUCUGGGCUCGUACGAAGAAAACGUGCUUGACACGUGGACUUGAGGGUACCAGUCACUACGCGUUCCCCGAAGAACAGUACUUGUGUGUUGGUGAAUCGUGCCCGAAAGAUUUGGAAUCAAAAGUCAAGGCUGCCAAGCUGAGUUAUCAGAUGUUUUGGAGAAAACGUAAAGCGGAAAUCAAUGGAGUUUGCGAGAAAAUGAUGAAGAUUCAAAUUGAAUUCAAUCCGAACGAAACUCCGAAAUCUCUGCUUCACACGUUUCUCUACGAAAUGCGAAAAUUGGAUGUAUACGAUACCGAUGAUCCUGCAGAUGAAGGAUGGUUUCUUCAAUUGGCUGGACGUACCACGUUUGUUACAAAUCCAGAUGUCAAACUUACGUCUUAUGAUGGUGUCCGUUCGGAACUGGAAAGCUAUCGAUGCCCUGGAUUCGUUGUUCGCCGACAAUCACUAGUCCUCAAAGACUAUUGUCGCCCAAAACCACUCUACGAACCACAUUAUGUGAGAGCACACGAACGAAAACUUGCUCUAGACGUGCUCAGCGUGUCUAUAGAUAGCACACCAAAACAGAGCAAGAACAGUGACAUGGUUAUGACUGAUUUUCGUCCGACAGCUUCACUCAAACAAGUUUCACUUUGGGACCUUGACGCGAAUCUUAUGAUACGGCCUGUGAAUAUUUCUGGAUUCGAUUUCCCGGCCGACGUGGAUAUGUACGUUCGAAUCGAAUUCAGUGUAUAUGUGGGGACACUGACGCUGGCAUCAAAAUCUACAACAAAAGUGAAUGCUCAAUUUGCAAAAUGGAAUAAGGAAAUGUACACUUUUGAUCUAUACAUGAAGGAUAUGCCACCAUCUGCAGUACUCAGCAUUCGUGUUUUGUACGGAAAAGUGAAAUUAAAAAGUGAAGAAUUCGAAGUUGGUUGGGUAAAUAUGUCCCUAACCGAUUGGAGAGAUGAACUACGACAAGGACAAUUUUUAUUCCAUCUGUGGGCUCCUGAACCGACUGCCAAUCGUAGUAGGAUCGGAGAAAAUGGAGCAAGGAUAGGCACCAACGCAGCGGUUACAAUUGAAAUCUCAAGUUAUGGUGGUAGAGUUCGAAUGCCGAGUCAAGGACAAUACACAUAUCUCGUCAAGCACCGAAGUACUUGGACGGAAACUUUGAAUAUUAUGGGUGAUGACUAUGAGUCGUGUAUCAGAGAUCCAGGAUAUAAGAAGCUUCAGAUGCUUGUCAAGAAGCAUGAAUCUGGAAUUGUAUUAGAGGAAGAUGAACAACGUCAUGUCUGGAUGUGGAGGAGAUACAUUCAAAAGCAGGAGCCUGAUUUGCUCAUUGUGCUCUCCGAACUCGCAUUUGUGUGGACUGAUCGUGAGAACUUUUCCGAGCUCUAUGUGAUGCUUGAAAAAUGGAAACCGCCGAGUGUGGCAGCCGCGUUGACUUUGCUUGGAAAACGUUGCACGGAUCGUGUGAUUCGAAAGUUUGCAGUGGAGAAGUUGAAUGAGCAGCUGAGCCCGGUCACAUUCCAUCUUUUCAUAUUGCCUCUCAUACAGGCGUUGAAGUACGAACCGCGUGCUCAAUCGGAAGUUGGAAUGAUGCUCUUGACUAGAGCUCUCUGCGAUUAUCGAAUUGGACAUCGACUUUUCUGGCUGCUCCGUGCAGAGAUUGCUCGUUUGAGAGAUUGUGAUCUGAAAAGUGAAGAAUAUCGCCGUAUCUCACUUCUGAUGGAAGCUUACCUCCGUGGAAAUGAAGAGCACAUCAAGAUCAUCACCCGACAAGUUGACAUGGUUGAUGAGCUCACACGAAUCAGCACUCUUGUCAAAGGAAUGCCAAAAGAUGUUGCUACGAUGAAACUGCGUGACGAGCUUCGAUCGAUUAGUCAUAAAAUGGAAAAUAUGGAUUCUCCACUGGAUCCUGUGUACAAACUGGGUGAAAUGAUAAUCGACAAAGCCAUCGUCCUAGGAAGUGCAAAACGUCCGUUAAUGCUUCACUGGAAGAACAAAAAUCCAAAGAGUGACCUGCACCUUCCGUUCUGUGCAAUGAUCUUCAAGAAUGGAGACGAUCUUCGCCAGGACAUGCUUGUUCUUCAAGUUCUCGAAGUUAUGGAUAACAUCUGGAAGGCUGCAAACAUUGAUUGCUGUUUGAACCCGUACGCAGUUCUUCCAAUGGGAGAAAUGAUUGGAAUUAUUGAAGUUGUGCCUAAUUGUAAAACAAUAUUCGAGAUUCAAGUUGGAACAGGAUUCAUGAAUACAGCAGUUCGGAGUAUUGAUCCUUCGUUUAUGAAUAAGUGGAUUCGGAAACAAUGCGGAAUUGAAGAUGAAAAGAAGAAAAGCAAAAAGGACUCUACGAAAAAUCCCAUCGAAAAGAAGAUUGAUAAUACUCAAGCCAUGAAGAAAUAUUUUGAAAGUGUCGAUCGAUUCCUAUACUCGUGUGUUGGAUAUUCAGUUGCCACGUACAUAAUGGGAAUCAAGGAUCGUCACAGUGAUAAUCUGAUGCUCACUGAAGAUGGAAAAUAUUUCCACAUUGAUUUCGGUCACAUUUUGGGACACGGAAAGACCAAACUUGGGAUCCAGCGAGAUCGUCAACCGUUUAUUCUAACCGAACACUUUAUGACAGUGAUUCGAUCGGGUAAAUCUGUGGAUGGAAAUUCGCAUGAGCUACAAAAAUUCAAAACGUUAUGCGUCGAAGCCUACGAAGUAAUGUGGAAUAAUCGAGAUUUGUUCGUUUCCUUGUUCACCUUGAUGCUCGGAAUGGAGUUGCCUGAGCUGUCGACGAAAGCGGAUUUGGAUCAUUUGAAGAAAACCCUCUUCUGCAAUGGAGAAAGCAAAGAAGAAGCGAGAAAGUUUUUCGCUGGAAUCUACGAAGAAGCCUUCAAUGGAUCAUGGUCUACCAAAACGAAUUGGCUCUUCCACGCAGUCAAACACUACUGAAACCUCUGUUAUCUAAUAAUAUAACACAUUCCGUGUACACAAAUAUUUUUGAUUCGUUAACCCGCCGUAUCUUUCACCCCCUCAACACCUCUCUCUCCUCUCUCCCUGUGUUUAUUUUUUGAAUUUCUUGUAUAUUUCAGAAUAUCAUUGUAGUUAUCUCAUUGAUGUAUGUAAAUUCAGAUACAUUUUUAUUCGAUACAUAAGUUUUCAUUUCACUAGAUUUAGACUUUGUCUCCCCAUGUGCCAACGUCUCGACCUUUGUCUUCGGAUUGCACAAUGCCUUGAACAACGGAAAUGACCCAACUCUAGACUUUCCAUGAUUUCUUGGCUGAACAUUCAUUGUGAACUCUCACACUUGUGAAAAAUAUCAAACUGAUCAU